AUGCAAAAAGAAAACGUGCUAACAGAACACCAAAACAAACGACAAAAAGCCGCGCAAAUCCUAAGUCUCGAAAGGCUGAAAAUCGAAGAAUUGGGCGGAAUAAAUCGAGAUGAGCACAAUUAUCUGAACCAAGUCGCAAAAAUCAUUGAAUUCGGGAGUUCGAGAGGAGAUCGAACCGGAACUGGAACUAUUAGCAUUUUUGGAAUGCAGAGUCGAUAUAGUUUGAGAGAUGGUUAGUAUAUAUUUAAUUCUGAGAAAUUUUGGCUGAAAAUCUCAAUUUUCAUAGGAAAAUGCAGGUUUACUUGUGUUUUCACAUGAAAAAUGGGAUUUUGAGUCAAAAUUUGAACUCUGUAGCUGAAAAUCGAGUUUUCUAUGGGAAAAUUUGGAUUUAUCUGUAUUUUCAUAUGAAAAUCAAAAUUUUGACUGAAAUUCCAUGAUUUUCAGACACAAUUCCACUUUUGACAACGAAACGAGUAUAUUGGAAAGGUGUGGUUGAGGAAUUGUUGUGGUUUAUUUCGGGAGAAACUGAUGGUAAAAAAUUGAGCGCCAAAAAUGUGAAGGUUGGUGUUUUUCAUCGAAAAUAAGCUGAAAAUCAUGAAAAAUCGAUAAUUUUGAGCCCAGAAACAUCAAAACUUGAAUUUUUCUUCCGAACAAUAGCAAGUGCGCUCUAUUGAGAAUCUGGUGUUUUUGAAGAAGUCUUAAACUUUAAAACAUCGUCUUAUAAGCCGAAAAUUGGCAAAUGUGCUCCAUUGAGAAUCCCCCGUGAAAAUUCUAAAUUUCUAUUUAGAUCUGGGAACGAAAUGGUGAUCGAGAAUUUUUGGAUAAACUCGGUUUUACCGAGCGAGAAGAAGGCGAUUUGGGACCGGUUUACGGUUUUCAAUGGCGACAUUUUGGAGCGAAAUAUAUCGAUUGUCAUACAAAUUAUGAAGGACAAGGUGUUGAUCAAUUGGCUGAAGUUAUUCGACAAAUUAAAGAGGAACCAGAUAGUCGAAGGAUUAUUUUGUCAGCUUGGAAUCCGAAAGGUAAAUAAUAUGAGCAAUGCCAUAUUUAUACUCAAAAAACCAGAAAUUUCCCUACCUAGCAUGAGCAAUCUCAUAUUUAUACCCAAAAACCCGAUUUUUUCGGGUUUGCGGGGGAGACCCCCGCAGCCCCCCCCUUUUCUAGGCCUUCGGCCUAUUUAGCCUAACUCAUCUCUUAUUUUUCUAGACCUCGAUCAAAUGGUUCUUCCACCGUGUCACACAAUGUGCCAAUUUUAUGUGAAUAAUGGAGAAUUGUCGUGUCAAUUGUAUCAAAGAAGUGGAGAUAUGGUAAGGACUUGAAAUUUGACCGCAAGCUUCCGCGUAAGCGGCAAAGUUUGGCUAACUUCUUUGGAAAAACUUUCAAAAAAAGUUAUCCUAACUUUGCAGAAGCUUGCGGUCUACAAUCUGAUUUGAAAAUCGCCAUUUUCAGCCCUAAACUAGUUCCCGAACUAAUUUAGAGCUGAAAAAUUAACUGAAAAACUUGCUGAAACCCGCCGGAUCUGAAAUUUUCCAUAAAAAUUGGUUUUUCACUGAAAAAUCGAGGUUUUAUGGAAAAUUUCAAGAUUCCGCACAGGGGAACCUAUCGCCAAUUUUUUUCCGAGCGAAGCGAGUGUAGACCGCAAGCUUCCGCGCAGCGGCCACGUGGAUUACUAUGAUAUGGUAAACGUCAUAGCAAUCCGCGUGGCUACUUCACGUGAGCUUGCGGAUUACACUCGCUCCGCUCAGAUUUUCACCGGAAAAAAUUGCUUUAAAACCCGCCGGAUCUGCAAAUUUUCCAUAAAAAUUGAUUUUUCUUCGAAAAAUCGAGGUUUUAUGGAAAAUUUCAAGAUUCCGCGCAGGAAAUCUAUCGCCAAUUUUUUUUCAAGUGUAGACCGCAAGCCAAAGUUACCCUAACUUCUUCAACCUUUAUUAUCUUUCAGGGUCUCGGUGUGCCGUUCAAUUUGGCCAGUUACGGUCUUCUCACCCACAUGAUUGCUCAUAUUACAAAUCUAAAAGCUGGUGAAUUGGUGCACACUUUGGGUGAUGCUCAUGUUUAUUCGAAUCACAUUGAUGCUCUUCAAAUUCAAUUGGAACGCGAACCUUUUGCAUUCCCGAAAAUUCGAUUUUUGCGAAGAAAAUUGAGAAUAUUGAUGAGUUUACGAGUGAAAUGA